AUGUUCAUUCUUCUUACCGGGCCCACCUGGGAGAGCGAUGAGGAGGAAGACGAAGAGAAGAGAGGCAGAGGGUUCUCCCUCCGACACCAGCAUGCCACGGUCCGGGUCCUGACCAGUUUGUGGCAGAGUCACCAGGUCCAUGCUGGGCCCAGCUGGCAGUUUGACACCGUAGAGCUCGUGACCAACAUCACGAAGGAAGCCAUAGUCAGUUCUUGGAUUUUAUUCAGUGAUGGUUCAUUGACACCUUUUGACAUUUAUGAUCCCAAGGAUUUUUCAGUUACUGUCUCAUCUUUGGAUGAAAUGGUGGUGUCUGUCCAACCAAACCUUCAGUCCAAGUGGCCAGUUGUAGUUGCAGAGGGUGAAGGGCAAGGACCCUUGAUUAAAUUAGAAAUGAUGAUAAGUGAACCUUGUCAGAAGACCAAGAGAAAGAGUAUUCUCGCCGUGGGGAAAGGAAACGUUAAAGUCAAAUUUGAAGCAAAUAUUGAUGAGCACCACGGAGGCACCAAUGACAUUGAGGGCAUAAAUCGGGAAUUUAAAGACCACCUCAGCAAUUCCAUAGAGCGGGAAGGAAACCAGGAGAGGGCAGUUCAGGAGUGGUUCCAGCAUGGCGUGUCUGUUGGCCAAGAGGAGGGCACCAACAAAAGCACAACCCCGCAGUCUCCCAGGGGAGGAAAGGAUAAGAAAUUACUCAAGAGCGGUGGUCCAGACGCCUUCACCAGCUUCCCCACUCGAGGGAAGUUCCCAGAACCCAACAAUCCCAGUGACCUCACAGUGACCUCCAGAGGGCUAACCGACCUGGAGAUCGCCAUGUACGCCCUGCUCUGUGUCUUCUGUCUGGCCAUUUUGGUCUUCUUAAUCAACUGUGUGGCAUUUGCUUGGAAAUACAGGCACAAAAGGUUUGCUGUGAGCGAGCAAGGCAACAUCCCCCAUUCCCACGACUGGGUCUGGCUUGGGAAUGAAGUGGAACUUUUGGAGAACCCCGUUGACAUCACACUCCCGUCGGAGGAGUGCACGACCAUGAUAGACAGGGGGCUGCAGUUCGAGGAGAGGAACUUCCUUCUGAAUGGCAGCUCCCAGAAGACUUUCCACAGCCAACUCCUCAGACCUUCAGACUAUGUCUAUGAGAAAGAGCUGAAAAACGAAGCUAUCAGUUCUUCGGGCCCAAAGAGGAAGAGAGUCAAGUUUACUUCCUACACUACCAUUCUCCCGGAGGAUGGUGGCCCGUACACCAAUUCCAUCCUGUUUGACAGUGAUGACAACAUGAAGUGGGUUUGCCGAGACAUGGGACUGGGGGACUCCCAGGAGUUUAGCGACUCCAUGGAAAGGCUGCAAGACCAGUUGUGA